GCGGAAGAAAAACAGAAGUUGCUAGCUAGCUCUUGCUCCGUCAGAAUAACUCACGAUAAUUUUAUUUGAAAUACCUUUACGAAGCACAUUCUUAGUGAUCUACACUACCUUCUCGAGAGAAGAAUCAACGACUUGAUGUCUCUUUGGAGCUGAUAUUUGGCUGGCCAAGUAACUACAGGUGAAAUGGAAGUCGCGCCUCUCGACAUAACCUCGAAGGAUAUGAGUGGCUCGAAUGCUGAAGUGAAAGCCGACAAAGGCAACGGGAGAUGUAAGAUUUCAAGUGAAGUGAAGAUGGAUAUUGAAUACCUGUAUGAGGCUGUGCCACAGCUUUCCAAGAUAUUCCACAUAAUGGACAAAAUUGGUGAAGGAACUUUUAGUUCUGUGUACCUGGCGGAAGCCCAGAUGAAGAACGGGUCGAGAGAGAAGUUUGCUCUGAAACAUCUCAUCCCUACGAGCCACCCGGUGCGCAUUGCAGCUGAACUCCAGUGUUUGACCAUGGCGGGCGGGAAGGAAAACGUCAUGGGAGUAACUUACUGCUUCAGAAAGGACGAUCACGUGGUCAUUGUCAUGCCUUAUAUGGAGCACCAGACCUUUGUGGACAUCUUGGGGUCCAUGACCUUUGAAGAGGUGCGGCAGUAUAUGUUUCACUUGCUUAAAGCCCUAGAGCACAUCCACUGCUUUGGCAUCAUCCACCGCGACAUAAAGCCAAGUAACUUCCUGUACAACCGACUGCAGAAAAAGUACGCUCUGGUGGAUUUCGGCCUGGCGCAGGGUACCCUCGACACGCAGAUCGAGCUGCUCAAGGUGGUGAAGCCGAAGAGCCAGCAGGGGGGCGGCUGUAAAGGCAAACCCGCUACCUCUGUGGGGGACAGGGCACCUCCCGGGCGGGCCCCCUCCAGAGAGCCCACCCCGCACUCCUCCACAAAGCCACCCGCCAAGAGAUCCCUGUCACUCGCACGGACUAAACACACCAAGGAAUGUGCAGCAGCCAGUCCAGCUCAGAGGUCAGUGUUUGGGGAAAGAAACCUGAACAGCCUCAAUCCUACCGAGGGUACAGUCAAAGUAACGCUGGUGAAACCCACCAAGGUGGAGGACGUGGCGGCGAGGAGGAUGGCCCUGACGAAGCGUCGGCCUGUUGCAGCAAGGACACCAGCGAGCGGCCACAAGCCGAAAGCCAGCAGCGUGGGUCACAGCCUGACCUGCAGCUGCUACAUGACUGACCGUGUCUGCAACGCCUGCCUCUCCAGGAAACAGCAGUUUGCCCCCAGGGCUGGAACUCCUGGGUUCAGAGCACCUGAAGUCCUCACCAAGUGCCCCAAUCAAGGAACAGCGAUUGACAUGUGGUCCGCAGGCGUCAUCAUGCUCUCGCUUUUGAGUGGCAGGUACCCUUUUUUCAAAGCCAGCGACGACUUAAUUGCCCUAGCGCAAAUCAUGACCAUCCGUGGAUCCAGAGAAACAAUACAGGCUGCUAAGAAGUUUGGAAAAGCAGUGCUGUGCAGUCGUGAACUCCCAGCCCAGGACCUCAGGACCCUCUGCGAGACUCUGAGGGGCACGAGAGCCAGCAAGGAGCGGCCGCCCCCGAGCGCGGGCGCUGACGUUACCGAAGAGCCCGAACUCAAACAGCGCCGCCUGCAGGACGGCACGCAACCUUGCCACAAGGGCAAAUCGGACGUCACGGCGAGCAGCGCGGAGCCUGAAGACGAGAGAGGCUGGGGUAGGGUUCCAGAUGCUGCGUACCACCUCCUGGACAGACUGCUGGAUCUGAAUCCCGCCACCAGGAUAACGGCCUCGGAGGCCUUACAGCACCCUCUCUUCAAAGACUUGUGACUUUUACUGUUCAGCCGUGGCGUGCUCCCAGGAUGGAGGAGGACCUACUCAUGUUUCUGUUUUAACUCUUUAAUCGAAUUUCUUAAUUUAUUAUUAUUUUUUUUUUUACCUAAAGUUCGUUCCAGCUUUUCUGCCAGUCCUUUGAAGAGAGGGAGAGAUAAGAGAAAGUGGUGGCGGAGACACUGUCAUAUGUGAUCGCUACCUGGAGCCAGGGUUCGAGAGGGAGCUGAAAAUAGCCCCCCGGCAGCUCUUCGCCCCCGGCCACCCACCACAGGCGCGUGGCAGAAGCAGAAGCACGGAUUUCCUCUCAUUGUUCUCCUGCUGUUCAUACCGUUUUCUCCAAAGUGUGUAUUCCACUGCCUUUUCAUUUAUCUGACCUCGAAUUUU